AUGAUGCAGCACAGACGCCUGCACGACAACCCAAGACCGGCACCGACGUUCUCGUGUGGAACGUGUAACGCGGUGUUCGGUACGGUGCGAGCCCUGCAAGCGCACGGGGAAGCGGCUCACCCCGUGCCGUCCACCUCCCGGGAACAGAAGAGGGGUGCCCCGGCAGCCGGGGCCGGGCCCGCGGCGAAACGCCGCAACAUCCAACCGGCGCCCGGGGAGUUUCCCUAUCAGGAAGACCCGGUUGCCGUCUCGGAGGAUCUGAUCCCCCAAGAGGAUGACCCGGCCACCCGGACCCUUUACAAACAAAGAUGGUCUACCAUCCGCACACAGUUCAGGAGGGACCAUAUUAUACAAGACACGUACAACUUUCGUCUAGACACCGAAGAUACCAACGAUUUAACCGAAAACGUGUGGGCUAUCUUUCGCGACCAACACACGGUGUUCAAACUAUCCGUGUCGUUUGGUUUCUUGUUGCGCGAUGGGGAAACGGGGGCUCUACGCUAUUUUUACCCGUCAGACAACAACAACAGAUUCGUUGAAGAGCCCGUCCUGGUGCAAAACGAGGAGGGUGUUCGUCUUUUUCUCGACAAGUUAAACGAUGCGGACCUCAUGGAGCGGGCACGGCAGCAACGUCCCAACAGCAAAACGGUCUUCCACAAAAUGACAAACGUAACAUUUUAUAUUAACAAGAUUAAAGACCAUCCCAUCGGUGCCCCCGACACGUUGCUGGACCACAUCACGAAGAGCAGAUCAAUCAUUGCGCUCCUGGGCGACAAGAACGGUCCGUACACCGACAAGCUCUGUUUUUUCCGUUGUCUGGCGCUCCACCGCAACAAUGAUCGGACCAUGUUGGAGACAACAACAAAAGCACUGUUCCGUGAAUAUCUAGCGUGGGUGGGCAAGACGGAAAAGCAGUUCAAGGGUGUGUCCCUGAAACAUCUGAACGACCUGGAGGCGUUGUUCAAGGUGGACAUUUACGUCUACUCGAUUGAAGCCAACAACAACCAGGACGCCGACGACGAUGACGACGACUUCUAUGCGGAACUGGUCAGGCGCCCCCUGUCCACACACAACAACAUCAUGUACCUGAACCUCUGCGGGGAACAUUUCAGCUUCAUUAAGGAUUUCAAAACCUAUGCCAAAUCGUUCGCGUGCCCGCAGUGCGGAAAGAGGUGGCGCCGCCGCGGCAACUGCGAGGUGCACAUCCGCUCGUGCGACGGCAAGGUGGCGAAAGAGUAUCCAGGGGGCGCCUACCGUUUAAGGCAGACAAUCUUCCAGAAGCUGGAAGACGAGGGCAUCGUCGUACCCGAAGAAGAUCGAUUUUAUCCUUACAGAGCCUGUUUCGACAUCGAGUGUCUGCUCAAACCCCUCCCUAGCACCAACAACACAACCCCCAAACUACAGUGGGAGACCGUCCACGAGCUCCUGAGCGUUAGCGUGGCCAGCAACGUGCCCGGGUACAUGGAGCCAGUGUGCUUCGUGUCGGAGGGCGAGCCUGCCGAAGUGGCAGAAAAGUUGCUGGACCACCUAAAACAGAUCAGCCAGGAGUCGUACGGUCUCCUGUCGGCCAAAUUCUCGUGGGUGGUCGACGAGAUGGAGAGCAUCCGACAACGAGAUCUGGACAAGGAAACCGAGGAGGAGGAGGAGGAGAAGGAGGGUGUGACGGAAGACGGGCCGGGGGCCGUCGAACAGAUGAAGGAGCGGCAAAAACGCCGAAAGAAACACUACAUGACAAAGCUGAUCGAUGAGUUUCAACAGUACCUGAGACAGCUGGUGGUCCUCAGCUUCAAUGGCGGCAAAUACGACCUCAAUGCCGUCAAAAAAGUCUUCCUCCCCCUGCUGCUGAGGUCCACCAGCAAACUCAGACCAAUAAAAAAGAACAACAACUACAUGUCAAUCGACACCGAUGACAUGAAAUUCCUUGAUCUCAUUAACUACGUGGCCCCCGGCUUUUCUUACUCCACCCUCCUCAAGGCCUACGAGUGCGAAGAAACCAAGGGGUUCUUUCCAUACGAGUGGAUGGACAGUCUGGACAAGCUAGACGAGCCCCGCCUCCCGGGUCCUGACGCGUUCCACAGCAAGCUGAGGGACUCGGACAUCGAGGCGGAGGACUACCAGUACUGCCUCCAAGUAUGGGAAGACCAGAGCAUGACCACCAUGAGGGACUUCCUCGUGUGGUAUAAUAACAAGGACGUCGGCCCCAUGGUAGAUGCCGUCCAGAAGAUGUUCGAUUUCUACAAAGAUCUAGGAAUCGACAUGUUCAAGGACGGCAUCAGCGUACCGGGGCUGACGUUGAAGUUCCUCUUCAUGAACCUGCCAUCCACCACCUACUUCACGUUGGUAGACAACGAGGAGGUGUACAGGUUGUUUAAAGACAACAUUGUGGGGGGUCCCAGUAUCAUUUUCCAUAGAUACCACGAGAAAGGCAAGACCUACAUCAGGGCCGACGAGAUGAAAGAGAUGGGCAGAGAGCCCAAACUCUGUCAGAAGGUCGUCGGUUUUGACGCCAAUGCAUUGUACCUGUGGGCCCUGAUGCAGGACAUGCCUUCUGGUCAUUACAUUCGGCGUCAAGCGGAGACGGGGUUUAAACCGGAGCAUUCCGCCCCCGCCCGCGGACGCAUGGCCACAGAGUGGUUAGAUUGGGUGGCCCAAGAGCGAGACCUCGCCAUUCGGCACCAGUUUAAUAGCACCGAAAAGCGUAUCGGUCCACGUCGAAUUCCCGUGGACGGUUUCUGUUCGGCCACCGGGGAAAUCUUUCAGUUUCACGGUUGUUAUUGGCACGGCCACGCCUGCAACCUGACCAAAGGCCGCGACUACAACGAAAGACGCGGCAAAUCUAUGGCCACGUUGCGGGCGGAAACGGCCGAAACGACCGAAUACCUACGGAAGUGUGGGUAUACGGUCGUCGAAAUGCGGGAGUGCGAGUGGCUGGCCAUGGUAAGAGCCGACGAUCGAUUGUCGUCGUUUUUGGCCGGUCGCAAGACUCCCACCGAACACCUUCCCGACAUGACCGAGGAGCGCGUCCUCCAGGCUGUUCGCUCCGGGCAAUUGUUUGGUGCGGUCGAAUGCGACAUCGAGGUCCCCGCGGAUCUCAAGUCGCACUUUUCCGAAAUGCCCCCCAUCUUUAAGAACGUCGACAUUUCCAUCGACGACAUUGGCGACUACAUGAAAGCGUACGCCGAAGAACACAACCUCAUGUCGAAACCGAGGCGGUCGCUGAUCGGCAGCAUGUUCGGCCAGAAGAUCCUCUUGGCGACACCUCUGUUAAACUGGUAUUUGAAUCACGGUCUGCAAGUCACCCGCAUCUAUCAGGUGAUGGAGUACAGACCAAAACCUAGUUUCAAAUCUUUCGGCGACGCCGUCAGUGACGCGAGGCGUAAAGGCGACGAGGACAAGUCCAAGAAGAUCAUCGCCGAUACCAUGAAGCUGAUCGGCAAUUCGGGUUACGGUAAGACGGUCACCAACAAAGAAAAACAGACCGACGUCGAGUAUUGCGAAGACGUCGUGACCGCCACCCGAAGGAUCAACACCUCCCGGUUUCGACAUCUGGUCGUGGUCAAUGACGAAGAUUUCUUCGAAAUUGAAUCGGCAAAACGCACGAUCAAAUUUGAUCUCCCUCUCCAAAUUGGUUUCUUCGUGUACCAGUACGCCAAAUUACGCAUGCUCGAGUUUUACUACGACUUCAUGCUCGAGUUUGUGGACGUGUCCGAUUUCCAGUAUUGCGAGAUGGACACGGACUCAGCCUACAUUGCUCUAUCUGCAAACAGCCUUGACGACGUGAUAAAGCCUCACAUGCGGGAGAGGUACAACCGAGAGAAAUCCGACUGGUUUCCCCGGACAGACACCCCAGAAAACGCGGCCUACGACAAACGCACGCCCGGUCUGUUCAAAGAAGAAUGGAGCGGGAAUGGGAUUGUCGGGCUGUGUUCCAAAACAUAUUAUUGCUUUGGCGGGGAAGACAAAACACACGACAAAUUCAGUUGCAAGGGUGUUAACAAACGAUGCAACGACAUCGACCACCAAAAAUAUCUCCGGGUGCUGGAGACCAAGAGAAGUGGUCAAGGCAUCAAUAAAGGGUUUCGCAUGCGCGGUAACGAAAUGCAUACGUACGUGCAAAUCCGUGAUGCCUUUUCCUACUUCUACCCGAAAAGGAAGGUAAAGAAUGACGGGAUCACCACUCUUCCCUUAGACAUCUAAACCUGUCCGUCUUUAAGCAACCUGUACGCGUCGCCGUUGUCACCUUCCUCGGUGUCAUGACGUUCGUAUUUACUUAUUUGUAUAUUUGUAUGUGAUCUCAUAUAUUUGUACAGUAUAUUUGACUACUUUGUGAAAUCGAUGUCGUGUAUCUGAAUUCUUUGUGAA